UCCUCUCUCGUCCAGUCUCGCCCUCCCAAACCAAAGCCAGGCCAGGCCAGCCAGCCACUGCCGCCGCACUCCCCCCGAGUCCACUGCCGCCGCACGCUCCGCGACGUGAUGGCCGCGCUCCGCCUCGCCUCCUUCACCCUCCGCCCGGCCGCCGCCGCGGCGUCCCACUCCUCCGUCGCGGCGGCGCCCCGGUCCUCCGCAUCCUUCGCCCGCGCGGCGCGGGGGCUCCCCUCGCUCCGCCUGGCACCGCCCCGCCGCCGCGGGGACCUCGCCAGGCCCCGCGCCGCGGCCGACGCCGCGGCCGAGAGCUACGCGACCGCGCUGUCCGAGGUGGCCGCCGAGAACGGCACACUCGAGCAGACGGUAUCCGACCUCGAGAAGCUGGAGAAGAUCUUCGCCGACGAGGCCGUCGCCGAGUUCUUCGACAACCCCACCGUGCCCCGCGAGGAGAAGACCCAGCUCAUCGACGAGAUCGCCAAGUCGUCCGAGCUGCAGCCCCACGUCGUCAACUUCCUCAACGUCGUCGUCGACAACUUCCGCGCGGCCAUCGUGCCGCAGAUCGUCGCCGAGUUCGAGAACGUCUACAACGCGCUCACGGGCACCGAGGUCGCCACCGUCACCUCCGUCGUGCAGCUCGAGUCGCAGGACCUCGCGCAGAUCGCGCAGCACGUGCAGAAGAUGACCGGCGCGCAGAACGUCCGCCUCAAGACGCAGCUCAACCCGGAGCUCAUCGCCGGCUUCACCGUGCAGUACGGGCGCGACGGCUCCAACCUCAUCGACAUGAGCGUCCGGAAGCAGAUUGAGGAGAUCGCGUCAGAGUUCGAGUUGCCCUCCGUCCCUCUCGAAGUCUGAUCGGCUUGCGGCGUCAUUCCUCGCCCUUGAAGCCUAGCUGCUACUCUCUGGGAAUUGUAAGAAUCCAGCGGGGAUGUUGGUCUUCUCCCCUCCAAAGUUCAAACCUGCAGAUCAAUGGUGGUUGCUCAAAUACAUAUGAACGGUCAUUCUUACCCGCGUUUCUUUUUCCAUUUUUUGGCGGGGAGCGUAUGUAAUUCUUUUUCUCCUCUUCUGUGGUUGACACUGUAAUAUGUUUAAAACACUCAAAUAUAGCUGAGUUUGCUCCUCUAGUCUCAUUUA